UUUUUUCCUGAUGUAGUAGUGUAACCCAGCUUGACAGGUUAUUUAUCUAUCCCAGUUGCCUGGUCAACCAGGCAACUGGGAUAAACUUGGUGUUUCAAGUGAAGUUUUUAACCUUGAUUUAAUCCUAAUUAUGCUCCUUUAAAAGCCAAUUACCACACCCACUUGAACUUUUUGGAGUCUAGUUGGUAUAGAGUUGAAUUUGUUUGCAAUUCUUUUGUUUCAUUCUCAGUUUUAAUCAUGGCAAACUUUGACUUAACAAGCUCCAUGGAGGCACUCUUUUAUUUAGAAAAAACGCAAGUUAAAUAUUCUCAUGUUGACAUGAAUCCAAGUGAAUGGACUUUGAAGAAGCCUGUAAGCCCUCACGUCUUGAACAAGAGCCGCUUGAGAAAAUGCAUCUUCUGCCACCUGCUGCUUGCUCUGCUGAUGCUCACCAAGCUCAUGCCCGACAUCUUUGACAGGCUAGACAUCUUUAUAUUGGAAAUUGAAGAACUGGAAGUUCCUGUGCCGCACAAAUGGGAGUACAUUUGGCUUCUGGGCUCCAUAGCAAGCUUCCUUGGACUCUCUGCCAUCAAGAAAAACAGGAGCAUCUUAUUGCAGGUCUAUUUUGUGUUGAUCAAUCUUCUGUCGACGGUUCCUGUGCUUCUGGCAACAAUGAUAAAUUUCUCCGAAUUUUGGACAUUCUGCACUGCAGAUGACGUCGAUAAAGUGGCCAUGUGGCAGGGAUACCCCGUGUCUGGACUCUGGUACAUAUUCCUGCUGCUGGCCAUGCAGGUGCACGUCUUCACGCUUCUUUUCGCUUGGAGACUCAUCGUAGUUUGGAAAGAUAGAAGCACCAAAAAACAACAGUGAUCUGUGGACAAACUAAUAAUUAUUCACAUACAAUAUACAUUGAUAUCAGGUGGAAAAUUUCAGACUCACAUUUUGGAAAGAUCUUGCUUGCUACCAACGGCAUUCGUAUUAUGUUAUCUGAUUUUUAUCAGAUGUCAAUUUAAAUGAUGGUUAGUAUAAGAAAAACUGGGGUUGAUCCUGUAAACACGAGAUUUCCUAAUUGAGCCCCAGAAGGCACGUUUUGUAAUGUCAAGAUAACUGGUAGUAGGUACUGGUUUUCUACUGAAAUAUUUGGUCUUUGUUUUCAGGAGAUAAAAUCAUCGUUUCUGAUGCCGUGCUUUUUCAAUCGUUAUUCACGCAACCGGUCGUCACCAGUAAUGUGGUUAUAGGAAAAUUUUUACUAUGUUAUGAAACACACCGUAGUUGCUCCUUUUCUUGUUUAUAUUUAUGUCUUGUUGACGUCGGAUUCGGUGUUAAAUUAUGUGCAGAAUCAACAAAUCCGGAUAUGAUAGCGUCUUGCAAUGCGAGCCUAAAUUUGCUGUAAAUGAAAUCCUUUUCCACCAUUUCAAUAUUGUUUCAAAGUCUUUCCUUCAUUGGAUGUUUUACGGUACCUCAAUGCCUUCUCAUCCUUAAUAGUGGUGUUCGUGAUUCGCAACAUGUUGUUAUGAGAUGUUUGUUGGUUUAAUCAACGCGGAUAUUUUUAUCUGUGGCUUGUGUUAGAUAUAGUUUUGAUGUCUGUUUUUUUUUUUUGUUUGUCCGAGUCCAUAAGACAGCUACGUUACUGCCACAGACACACUCAUGUCUUGAGUGCCGUGAUUUGCUUUUAUUCUUAGAAUUUAUUAUGAUGCCGAUUGUUAAUUCUCAGAUAAUUAUUUUCACUGUUCAUUUUUAGGUGCAGUCCAUACGUAAUGACUUAAGAGUUUGAGAAGGCUCGUUAGCUUUGACAUCAAGUGCAUGUAUGAUAACUUUAUUAUUUCUGUUGAAUUUACCUCAUCUAUAUGCCCCUUUUAGUGCAUGUAACAAAUCACAUUGAAUGGAAAUAGUUUUCAGUUUAUUUUUACUUCUCAAUAUUUCUUUCUUUUGAAGUCCGUCCCAAAAGUGGUCUAUGAUGAGGCUCUAUGUGGCUUUGAAAUAAAUUAGUAGAAUUAUCUUUGGCAGAGUUUUAUUUUUAGAAUUGGCGACAAGGGGUAAGUUGCUGUUCUGGUUAUGCACAGCUAAAGGGCUGUCGACUUACGGGAAUGUUUGUCAUUUAGAAAAGAUGUCGUUUAGAUGAUUUAAAGUCGUUCUAUUUGCUCAUUCUCACGUGCUGAAAUACUCUUGUUAUUAUUUAGUUUACUUUCAUGAAGAGCUUGGUCACUGUGUCCAUUAUAACCGUUAUAGGAAUUUAUUUAGGUACAAGUAUGAUAAAUUGAAUAUGAAUACUUCUCCGUGUCUUUAUGCAGCUACGAAUUCUUUUUUUUCUAUAGUAAUAGUUUAAAAUUUUGCACUUGUUAUGCAGUAUAUUCAUGUACAUGUGAGCUGCGCAAAUCGUUAUUUCAUAGCGGCAGUUUCUUGGAUCUGGAAUGUUGUUUUUCGUCUACUAUUUAUCUCUACUCGUUAUUAUUAUUAAUCACUUAGUGUCUUUCAAAUUUUAAUGGAUGUGUCGAUGGAGAUGAUGUUUUUUACCCUUCAUGAAGUCUUUUAUUGUUGUAGCCGCUACCUUAUUGUGGUGUUGUAGUUUCAUGUCUAAUAGUUCAGAAUUUAUAACUAUUUCUCUCUAUCCUUACAGAAACAUUGUUGCUCAUUCUUUCUACCGAAGGUAUAAUAAAUGUUGUGGCCAAAUUUUUAUUAGGUAGAUAGCUAGUUGAAAACUGUAUCUGAUUUAGAGGCUAGGUUAAGCUUGCUUCGAUUAAUUGAUGAUAAAAUAAUUUAUAUUGAACUUAUAGUCAGGUUAUGCUCCUUUUUGCCAAAGUGACUAUUGCACUAACUCGUUCAUGUUUUUGUAAUUUUCUCUUGUCCCGAUGAAAUGUUUAAAUUCUACGUCUGUACUAUGUACAUUUUUUUUUUUUUUUAAUCUUAACGGUGUGAAUGCAGAGUUCAACUUUUUGGCCGCCUUUUAUGGUCUUCGUCUCAACUAGUACAUUUAAUUCUCACUUACGUCCAAUACUUACCAACCCUUCAUUUAACCGUCCCUAAUGCUAUUGGCCAGGAUUAGGCGAAUGAUAAUAGCCUUAAUGUGCUUAACACGGGGCGCGUAGUGGCGUCGAUUUAUCAAGUCGACUACUCAAAUUCCCUGUUUUGCCGGCUGAGAUCCUAUACACGUGAGUGUUUACAGUACUGUCCGCCCGCGCCAGUGCGACGUUGGGAGUUGUAGAGAGAGGAGUGUGCAUGGUGGAAGCAUGCGAGAGCGACGCAGUAGUGCACACUGCACACUACGGCGGUACUGGGCUUACUUGCCUGGCUCAAAAGAACCUGAGGAGCUUUGGGUGCAAUGCACCAGCUAGUCGCCUAUGAAGAUGUUAAUCAUCACAAUAUACGAGUCGACGCGACUAUUCGCCCCCAUGCAUAAGCACCUUGAGCCAGGGUAUUUCCUGGGCUUGCACCAGCUACGAUAGUGGAAGCGUCUAACGGAUUAGGGUUUUGCCAACCGUAAUUUGAUUGAUUUAUGACUUCAUGUGAGACCAUGUGCAUACCCGGUUGUCUUAUUCAUCAAAUCUUGGUCGGUGUAUUGCAAAGUAAAUUGUCACCUAUUCAUUCGUCUCUGCAGCAAUAAAUGUUUGUCAAUUA